CGAACUUUCUCUCGACCUCCGAAUCUGACGUUCUCUAAUCGCACUCUCCCCUGCCCCUGUCUCUCCCCCACCGAUACACGACUGGACAAAACAAACCACCCACCAUGCCACUCACAUUCCAAAUCCUACCCGUCACAGCGGACGACAUCCCAAGCCUAACAGAACUCUGGUACACGGCAUUCAGCAUCCGCGAAAACCUCCAAAUGUUCCCGGACACACCGGGGCUCCGAAAAUGGUGGGACGAAGCCAACCGCGCAGCGCUCGAGAAGCCAGACUCGCGCAUGCUCAAGGUCGUCGAUACGCAGAACCCCGACCGGAUGGUCGCGUACGCGAAAUGGAACCUUGCGGCGCAUAAGUACGAAGAGCGGUUUCCGCCGUGGCAUGAGGAAGCGGAUGCGGAGUUGUGCGCGACGUUGUUUGGCGUGACGCAGGAGCAUAGGAGGAGGGUGUUGGGGGGUCGAGAGCAUUAUUAUUUGGAUAUUAUUAUUACGCAGCCGGAGUUCAGGCGGCAGGGUGCGGCGUCGUUGCUCGUGCAGUGGGGGUGCGAUCUCGCGGAUCAGAAUGGGGUUGUUGCGUACUUGGAUGCGUAUGAGCCUGCUGCGCCGCUGUAUUAUAAGCAUGGGUUCCAGGAUCAGGUUGAUCCGCCGUUGGACGUGGAGUCGAAUCUUCCGAUGAUUAGAGAACCGAGAGUGAAGAGCUGAGUUAGGGUUUGGGGGUCACGAGGUUGGUUUGUCUGUUUGGUGAUGAUAUCUAGACGUUUGUACAAAAGGAG